AAAUUCGAGGAAGCAAACAGGUGGGCUGGGCACCUGUACUGCGAGCAGCCGGUCACAGCGCGCAGCGCCGUCUCCUGCGAUUCCCGGCUGCCUCCACCUCUUCUCCCACAGCGCCGGCGUGCUCCUCUCCUUUCACGCUACGUUCCCUCCGGCCCCGGCGUCGACGGCUAAGAAACCCUUAACCUAGGAACGAGUUCGCACCCUCGGGACCUGUGGCGAUGCAUCUCACUCUCGAAUUCGGGGGCGGGCUGGAGCUGCUCCUGGAGAACUCCACCAAGGUGCACAAGGUGGAGGUCACCACGCCCAAGGACGGCCAAGGCAAGGUGACGAUGAAGUUCUUGCUCUCUUGGGUCAAGGAGAAUCUGAUCAAGGAGCGACCGGAGAUGUUCCUCAAGGCUGAUUCCGUCCAGUUAUUCAAUUGGGAGCCCAGGCUCAAUCCCAAGCAAAGCAAGCAAUAUGCAUGUGUUCAUUCAGACUUCUGGCCAUUAACAUAGUAGAAGGCAACAGAUUGGUACAAAGGAACAAGCCAGCACAAAGGAAUUUUGAUGGCCAUUGACAGCACAGUGCUGCAGGCAGAGGACUAGGAGCUGCGGCACUUGGGGUAGGCAUUUACAGAAGGGCAGCCCUAAGCACGUCCAGUAAGUUUCCAGCUGCAAUGUCUCGACUGUUUGUGACCAAGUUUAACCAUCUAGAUGGUCUAGCUAUCUACCUCUAUGUUUAGCCCCUGAACUUGUUUACUACAACUCGCUGAGGCACUGACUAGCCUAUGAAGACAUCGUGCUAGUCGUAGUGAACUGCAUCUAUAUCAUCCGAUAAUUUGUUUUCCAUUGCAAGCAAAAGAGAACUGCCAUGAAACAUGGUACCUUCUUGCCUUUUUUAUUUAACUUUUUUUUCUGGCCAAUGAAGUUGUAGAAACAUAUAGGUUGCUUUUUAUUGGUCAGUGCAGUAAUUUUGGAGAGCAUUUGGUACAUCUCAAAAUGCAGCGAGAUAGAGAUUUCAGAAAAAAAGUUUCUUCUUUUCUGAGUUCAGGUUCAGCCAGAUGAUUUGGUUUUCAUU